GCUGUCCCCACUACCUGCUCCAUGCUGGGCCUCAGACAAAGAGCUGGAGAGCGCUGCUGAAUAUCCCUGGGGCAGCAAGAGCCUCCCACAAGCCAUGGCAGUGCUGCAGGGCUGGCAGACAGGGCUCUGACUCUCUGCUCCAUGCUGAGCAGAGCUGCUGGGAUCAGUCUCAGAGCUGCUCCAGCCCUCAAAGAGAGGAUCUGCUCUGCCCCAAGCCCCACCUGACCCUUCCUCCAUUGAGCAUCCCUUGACUGCUGACCCAGGCUCAGAAGAUGGAUGCUCCAGUGCUGAGCUGGCUGCUGAAUCGCUCCCUCCUCCUUCCCCUGGACGCUGCUCAACACCCUGAGCUCAGGCUCGACCUGCUGGGCACCAAAGCCUCCUGCCUGCAGCUGGCCGCCAUGAGGAACGUGAACAUCAUCCUGCAGCACUACAACUUCUCAGGCAAGCUCACCAAGCGGCACUCCGGGGACGAGGGCAUGGGGCUGGUGCGCACGGCCUUCGCCGCCAUCAGCUUCCUCAUCAUCCUCGAGAACCUGCUGGUGCUGCUGGCCGUGCUGCGCUGCCUGCGGGCGCGCCGCUGGGUCUACUCCUGCAUCGCCAGCAUCACCCUCAGCGACCUGCUGGCGGGCGUCGCCUACCUCUGCAACCUCUGCCUGUCGGGCAGCAGGACCUUCCAGCUGUCCCCUCAGCUGUGGUUCCUGCGGGAGGGCAUCCUCUUCGUGGCCUUGGCCGCCUCCACCUUCAGCCUGCUGGUGACGGCGGUGGAGCGCUACGGCGCCAUGGUGAGGCCCAUCGCCGAGAACGAGGCCAGCAAGACGCUGCGGCUGCGCGGCCUCAUCGUGUCCUGCUGGCUGCUGGCGCUGGUCAUCGGCCUGCUGCCGCUGCUGGGCUGGAACUGCCUCUGUGACUUCCAGGCCUGCUCCGUGCUCCUGCCUCUCUACUCCAAGACCUACAUUCUCUUCUCCGUGGUUAUGUUCAGCAUUAUCCUGUUGGGCAUCGUGGGUCUCUACAUCUCCAUCUUCCACCUGGUGCAGGCCAGCUCCAAGCAGAGCAGCUCUCGGCACGGCCGCAGGCGGUCCCUGCGCUUGCUGAAGACGGUGCUGAUGAUCCUGGGGGCCUUCAUUCUCUGCUGGAGUCCUCUCUUUGUCCUGCUGCUCUUUGAUGUUUUCUGUGAGACCGGUGCGUGCUCCCACCUGCACAGCCUGGACUGGACGCUGGCGCUGGCCCUGCUGAACUCGGGGGUCAAUCCCGUCAUUUAUUCCCUGCGCAGCGUGGAGGUUCGCCGUGCCGUGGGCAGCCUGCUGUGCUGCUGCUGUGUCCGGGCUGGGCUCUGCCGGCCUGGCAGCUGCCUGGUCAUCUCAGACAUCAACUCUGGCUCCUCCACCGAGAGCUCCCUGCGCUACCGCGACAGCUUCCGCAGCCCCACGGCACGGAACGCUCGGCCCAGGGCUCCUCUCUCCAGCAACUCCAGCAUGAUGAGCAAUCUCCCCAGCCUGUGAGGGGCCACGGGGGGAGAAAGGGAUCCCAGAGAGCCCCCAGGACCUCACGGUGCUGGUCCUGGCCUGGCAGGACUGUAGCAACUCAGGCUGGCCAGUUGUGAACUGGGGCCAGCCCCACCAGACUGGGAUGGUGCUGCAGUUUGGGUGCAGCACAGGGACAGGAAUUGCUCCUAGGCUGGGAGUGAAAAAUACAGGCAUAUUUUAGGAUUGAUGCUCUGCUGGGACAGCUGCAGUGCUCACGUUUUGUGUGUGUGUGUGCUUUGGGUGUGCAGAGGUGCUGAACCUGCCCACCUGAGGGUGUUCUGCCCCAGGGGACAGUGGCAAAUAGGGCGGAUUUCCUCAACCAGGUGGCCCUCCCAAGACUUUAGAAUCCUUUUGGAGUUUCUGUGAUGGGCACAGCUGCUGGAAAGGAACACAAGCUUGAUAUCUUGCCCAACCCGAGGAUGGCAGAGGGCUGCAGCCACAGCCCAGACCCUCCCCGGGGUGCAGAGGCUGGGCAUGGAGCCAGGGCAGAUGCUGUGACAGUGCUCAGAGCUGCAGUGACAGGGCUGGCACGGGCAGAAGGAGGUGCCCAGAGACUCUGUGGAACCUGGUGCCAUCCCAGGCCUGAAGACACGGCCAGCCUGUGCCUCAGAUCCCUGCUCUUCUGUUCUCUCAUGUAGGGAAUAAUCAGAGCAGCACCCAAAUGCCUCCUCUCACCGUGCCACAAGGCCACUGAAGCACUGGGGACUCAUGUAAAGC